AGUUCCCAAUGUUACUCAGCUAGGAGUACAUUUCAAAAUUCUGCCCCUUUCUGGGCCCCUAUCGUAACGACGAGAUAUGCAGGGGUCAUGUUCACACGAAUAAGGUUCCAGUGUGAUAAAAUACUCUGUCUUCAUUUAUCCAUUGUACGUCUCUCCACUUAACAACAAUGCUCGCAGUCGUUCUGUCGCUCCUGUCCCUGGUCGCCGCUGCUGCCGGAAGUGGAUGCUGCACGCCGACUCAGUGGGAAGGCGACAUGGGGUUGAUCCUAGGCAGCGUAGCCAACGGAAACACGUCAUUCAUCGAGGGCACUAUGCGCAUUCACUACGAUGCUCAACAGAAGAUGAUCGUCACAGUGCAGAAUAUCAACUAUAACGGCCUCCCUAUCAGACAGACCAUCAUUGAAGACUUCAACAAGCGCGUACAAUACACCGUCAUGGGCGACGGAUGUUCAUCGAAACCUCUCGGGGCGUGGCUGCCCAACUGUAUACCAGACAACGCCACCUCUGCAGAGGUCGUUUACGGGCUCGGAAGCAACAGCGUUCAGGCCCGGGCGUUCGAGGUCAACUACGGGGAGUUCACCGUGUAUUUCGUCGUCACCGCUGAUACCUGCGUACCUUUGGCUGAAGAUGUGAAUGGAAAGUUCGAUGGAGCGGACAUAAUGGAAGUGAUAACCUUCGCCAACAUCAAGGCUGGAAUCUCCAACACCAGCGUGUUCAACAUCCCGACAAAUUGUCCUACAGUUCAGUUCCCAGUGCCGGGUGUCCCCCGAGCCAGGCGCGCUUCUCCCUUCCACGGUUAUCUAUAGAGACAAUCUGGCAGCUGUAGAUAUAUCACCAGGGAUAUUCAUAUAUUGACUGUAAUUUAUGCAUCCUUAAUUCCUUAAUAAAUGUUAACCAGAACAA